UCCUGUGUUUGACCAUUUUCUGCACAUUUUCUCCUAUUUUGUCUACCAAAAAUAAAAUGUCGUCUUCUUCUUCUUCUCUGUGUACAAACUCUGCAUUUUCUCAGAGCAGUAAUGUCUCCUCCUUCCAAUCCAAAAAUCCUCUACUUCACUCCAUUUGUAAUAGCAAUAACUUCACUCCUUCAAUUAAAAAAAACUUUAUCCGAUGCUCGAUUCGCCAUCGACGACCUGAAUAUAUACCCAGUAAAAUCUCCGAUCCAAAAUACAUCCGCAUUUUCGACACAACUCUACGUGACGGUGAGCAAUCUCCAGGUGCUACAAUGACUACAAAAGAGAAACUGGAUGUCGCUCGUCAACUCGCGAAACUCGGUGUUGAUAUAAUCGAAGCUGGUUUUCCAGCUUCAUCUGAAGCUGAUUUCGAAGCUGUAAAAUUAAUUGCAGAAGAAGUUGGUAAUUAUAACGAUGAAAAUGGAUAUGUGCCUGUGAUUUGUGGGUUAUCUAGAUGUAAUAAAAAUGAUAUUGAUAAAGCUUGGGGAGCUGUGAAAUAUGCUAAGAAACCUAGGGUUCAUACGUUUAUUGCGACUAGUGAAAUACAUAUGAAGUAUAAAUUGAUGAUGAGUAGAGAAGAAGUUGUGGAGAAAGCAACGAGUAUGGUAGCUUAUGCCAGAAGCCUUGGAUGUGAAGAUGUUGAAUUUAGUCCUGAAGAUGCUGGAAGGUCUGAUCGAGAGUUCCUUUAUGAUAUCCUUGGAGAAGUUAUCAAAGCUGGUGCAACAACCCUUAACAUACCUGAUACUGUUGGAUACAAUAUUCCAAGUGAAUUUGGACAAUUAAUUGCUGACAUAAAAGCAAAUACUCCAGGGAUUGAAAAUGUGAUAAUAUCAACACACUGCCAAAAUGAUCUUGGCCUUUCUACUGCCAACACUUUAGCUGGAGCUUGUGCAGGUGCAAGACAACUAGAAGUGACCAUUAAUGGCAUUGGUGAAAGAGCUGGGAAUGCUUCUCUGGAGGAGGUUGUAAUGGCCUUAAAAUGUCGUGGAGAGCAAGUAUUAGGUGGCCUCUACACGGGGAUUAAUACUCAACAUAUUGUCCUGUUGAGCAAAAUGGUGGAGGAUUACACUGGGCUACAGGUGCAGCCACAUAAGGCCAUUGUUGGAGCUAAUGCAUUUGCUCAUGAAAGUGGCAUCCAUCAGGAUGGAAUGUUAAAACACAAGGAUACCUAUGAGAUUAUAUCUCCUGAAGAUAUUGGGCUUAGUCGUUCUAAUGAAGCGGGUAUUGUCCUUGGGAAACUCAGUGGGCGCCAUGCAUUGAAAUCCAAAAUGCUUGAGCUUGGAUAUGACAUUGAUGGAAAAGAACUAGAGGACCUCUUUUGGCGUUUUAAAUCAGUAGCUGAGAAGAAAAAGAAAAUUACAGAUGAGGACUUAAUAGCACUGAUGUCAGAUGAAGUUCUCCAGCCUCAUGUUUAUUGGAAGCUUGGAGAUGUACAGAUUACGUGUGGAAGUCUUGGCCUCUCUACAGCAACUGUUAAGCUUAUAAACACUGAUGGUCAAGAGCAUAUUGCUUGUUCUGUUGGAACAGGACCUGUUGAUGCAACUUAUAAGGCAGUGGACCUCAUUGUGAAGGUGCCUAUAACGCUCCUCGAAUAUACCAUGAAUGCAGUCACAGAAGGUAUAGAUGCCAUAGCUUCAACUAGAGUGUCAAUCCGCAGUGAGGAUGACCAUAAUGUAACAAAUGGCUCAACUGGACAGACUCUUCACCGUACAUGUAGUGGAACUGGAGCGGAUAUGGAUGUUGUUAUCUCUAGUGCCCGAGCCUAUAUUGGUGCAUUGAACAAAAUGUUGAGUUUUGAAAAGCUUGUCUCGAGAUACAACAAACCCGAAGACAGUGUGGUGGUAUAAAUGGUGGUGUGUGAUGGAGGACUAAAGUACUCCUGCCUCCAUCAUCUCUGGCAAAUUCAUGUUCCAUUUCCUCAUCAUUUCUCGUCAAUUGUAUAGAAUUAGGGUGCCUUAUCAACAAAAUACGACUUGCCUGGAAGAAGUUGCAACGAUAAAAGGCAAAUUUUAGUCGUCUUGCAUUUUCAUUUUCUUGCCAUGUGACCAGAAGGUCACGGGUUCAAGCCUUGGAAAUAGCUUCUGGCAGAAAUGCAAGGUAAGACUGCAUACAAUAGACCCUUGUGGUCGGCCCUUCCCCGAACCUGCGCAUAGCGGGAGCUUUAGUGCACCUGGCUAUCCUUUUUUUUUCUCUCCAUUCUUCUGCAGGUUGAUGUACAGCUUGUAGUUUAUUCUGGGACAAAGCUUAAAUGUAAUAAAUGUAUGAAAAUCAUAUAAGCUUUGUGUUGUACCAAUUAAACAUAGACACUUUUAUGUGGUUUAGCUUUAAAUUUGUUUGUGCUUAUGCAUUGCUAUGUUAGGAUCUUCCCUUUGAAGUUAAUUACAGAUACAUAUGAGGUUUCUUUCUGAA